ACCCUCUUCACCACUUUCCGCUCAUCUUGGCAUCUCUUUUGAAAAUGGGCUUGAAAUAUGGGUCUGGUUUUCCACUACUGUUCCAUGUCCUAGUGCUUACCUCCAUGCCUGCGGCCAGCUGGGCUGCAACAAAAAUUGUUGGAGGGUCCGACCACUGGCGAUACGGGUUCAAUUACACCGAUUGGGCUCUUAAAAACGCGCCGUUUUAUCAGAAUGAUACAUUGGUUUUCAUGUACGAUCCACCCACCAAUAUCACCUUCCCUCAUAGCGUCUCCUUAUUAAAGGAUAGUAAAAGCCUGUCAGCGUGUGACUUCACGACGGCCAAGUUAGUGGCCAGUGUGGUGCAAGGAAUUGGGAAGGGCUUCGAGUUUGUUUUGAAGAAGAGAAAGCCAUACUAUUUUGCAUGUGGAGAGCACGAGCGCCUUCAUUGUACUGCUGGGCAAAUGAAAUUCUCUGUAACGCCUCUCAAACGUCGAUGUCGUGGUUGAUCAGCCAGGGAAGAUGCAGUGCUGCUUCUAGGUAGUCUUUGGUGUUAUUUAGAUAGAGAGAAUAAAAAUGUGGACAUUGAAAACCCUUAUCUUCAUUUGGUUUAAAGUGUAGUUUUAUAUGGAAAUGUUAAAAGACUAAUAGUUAGAUAAUGAAAGUAUUUCUCAUAUAGUUGGGCUCUA